UUCUUGUUUUGCUUCUUUUUGCCCCUUCUUUUCCUCCAGGAUCCGAGUAACCGACCUCUGAAAUAACCGCCCUGAAGCUGAAUUUGAAGUCGUUUCUAGCGGAGGAAACCACCGGCUCUGCCUCGACCCCUCGCCGACACAUCAGCCGGUCCACAUUUCUCCCAAAUUGGAGCCGUCUUCCGCCGACAUCGAGCGAAGAGGUGCAGCCGAUCCCAGGCCUCCAAUCCAGGGCGGAGGGAGGGAAGGAGGUCGCUGGGAAUCGGGAUGGAGACCGGAGAGGGUGCUGGCGGGCCUGGCGGACCGGACGGACCGGGGAUCCGGUUUGGCUGCGCCUCUUUCAACCAAGACUCCACGUCACUGGCUUUGGGAACAAAGACUGGCUACAAGCUGUUUUCUCUGACCAUGGUGGAAAAGCUGGACUGUAUCCAUGAGAGUGCAGAGACUCCAGAUGUCUACAUCGUGGAGCGUCUGUUCUCUAGCAGUCUGGUAGUCGUGGUGAGCGCCACCGCGCCGCAGCGCAUGAACAUCUACCACUUCAAGAAGGGGACGGAGAUCUGCAACUACAGCUACCCCAACAACAUCCUGGCAGUCAAGCUCAACAGACAGAGGCUCGUGGUGUGCCUUGAAGAGUCCAUUUAUAUCCACAACAUCAAAGACAUGAAGCUGCUCAAGACUCUUCUGAACACUCCGUCCAACCCCUCAGGUCUCUGUGCUCUUUCUAUCAACCAUUCCAGCUCCUUCCUGGCAUACCCCGGCAGCGCCACUAUCGGGGAGAUCAUAGUGUAUGAUGCCAACAGUUUGAACACAGUGACAAUGAUCCCAGCUCACGACAGUCCUCUGGCAGCUCUCACCUUCAACGCCUCGGCCACCAAACUUGCCAGCGCCUCAGAGAGGGGCACCGUCAUCCGGGUGUUCUCCAUUCCUGAAGGUCUGCGUCUGUUUGAGUUCCGCCGGGGCAUGAAGAGGUACGUCAAUAUAAGCUCUUUGUCCUUCAGCCCUGAUGGCCAUUUCCUCUGCGCAUCCAGCAACACAGAGACGGUGCAUAUCUUUAAACUGGAGCAACUGGGACCAAGCGGAGGGGACGACGCUGCCACCUGGACAGCCUACGUGGGGAAGAUGUUCUCAGCAGCCAGCAGCUACUUCCCUGCUCAGGUAUCCGGCAUGAUGAACCAGGACCGGGCCUUCGCCACCGUUCACCUCCUCACAUCCGUCCAGAAGAACGUCUGCACGCUGGCUAUAAUCCAGAAGCUUCCACGGUUGCUGGUGGCCACGGCUGACGGCCAGCUGUUCAUCUACAACGUGGAUCCACUUGAUGGAGGCGAGUGCAUGCUGGCCCACAAACACAGGCUUUUCGGUGUUGAUGAUGACCAGGGUGAAGGAACAGAGCCGGAAGGGUCAGAGGUCACAGGCCCGGCACAGGCUUGUCCAUCCUACGCUGCGACCGCUGCCUUACCAGCCUCUGGUCCCGUCACUGCAACCCUCACCGGCUACUCUGAAGACGGUGGAGCAAAGAAAGGCGAAGUCAUUCCAGAACACGAGUUUGCUGCUGGACCUGUGUGUCUGGACGACGAGAACGAGUUUCCUCCUAUUAAUUGGUGCCGCGAUGGGACUGGAGGCGGCCAGGCGAGGCGCUCGUGAGUGGGUAGAAGGACAGAUGGACAGACAGACAGACAGGCGUUGGCAAGUGAGAUGAAGAGCAAAAAAAAAAAAAAGUCUUUCAGGAUGCCAAGUUUUUUUCACUUCAAGAGAAAAUAGCAAUGACAUUAACAUAACAUUAAUAACAUAAUUACAUUAAUGUUCAAGCUGAUGUGGGAAACAGAACACUGAGCAAGAAGCAGAUGUCAUGUGGUCAUUUCAGAGAGAACCACAGUCUGGUCAUCUGAUUACACGAUGAUUGUGUUAAAGGUACACUUCUGAUUUUGUCACAGCACCAGUAGUACCUCUAAACGUCCUCCAAGCUUGCUGUUGAGUUUCAAAACAUCAACUGUGAGCGGAGAGGACAUUUCUGAACUUGUAGAUGCUUUUGGUUACUUAAAAAGAAAAAAAAAAUCAGGGAGUUUAUCUUUGAGGGGUGUUUCAUGGAAGUACGAGGUGCAUGCUGGAGCCGCAAUAUAACCACAAUUUCCAUAGCUUUAUUACUUGACAAAUAUUUUAUUAAGUUGCAUUAUUGUAGCAACAUUUUUAUUUUUAUCUUUAAUCUUAGUUUAGGUCCAUGAUAAAGAAUUGAAUUGUUUCCAUGUUGAUUUUGUAUUGUAUUUUACUGCAUUGACCUGUAUUAAAUAUUUCUGUGUAUGCCUCCUGGACAUGUUUCAGAAGGCGUGUAUGUACUGUAUGUUUGUUUGUGCCUAUUAUCAUUUGUAAAACAGCAAAGUAUUUUGCUAAUUGCACAAGACCAAAACAAGUGAAAGAAAAAGUAAAUAAACUGAGAGUGGAGUAAGA